GAACCAAUAAAGUGAACGUAAACCAAAAUCAAUCCAUCCCCGGUGCAGAACGCCCAACGGGCAACGGCUGUGCUGCCAAAAGUCCGGACCACAGCUCGCGCUGCCCGCCGCGCCUUGCCCAGACGUGCGCUCCCUUCUCCCGCGCCGUCGCCUCUGCCCUGGCCGACCCGCUGGGCCCAGUGUGCGCAGCCCUCCCGGGUUAAGGCGGAGGUGCUUGGGGACCCGCUCCCAUGGCGAGCGCCGGCAUCAGCGGCAGCGGGGACGACGAUGCAGGAGGGAAGCUCUUGGCGGAUCGCUACCAGAAGGGCGAGGUCCUCGGCGAGGGCACGUACGGAGUCGUCUUCAAGGCCAUCGACACCAAGACUGGAAAUACAGUCGCGGUAAAGAGAAUCUGGGUAGGGAAGGACAAGAAGGAAGGUGUUAACUUCACCGCAUUGAGGGAAAUUAAACUACUUAAGGAGCUGAAAGGUCCUAAUAUUAUAGAGCUGAUUGAUUGUUUCCCUUACAAGGAAAAUUUGCACCUUGUAUUUGAGUUUAUGGAAACUGAUCUGGAAGCUCUCAUAAAAGAUAAGAACAUAAUACUGUCUCCAGCUGACACAAAAUCAUAUCUCCAGAUGCUGUUAAAAGGUCUAUCGUUCUGUCAUAAGAAAUGGGUGAUACACAGGGAUAUGAAGCCAAAUAAUUUACUCAUUGGUGCCGAUGGGCAGCUCAAGCUUGCUGACUUUGGUCUGGCCCGGAUGUUUGGGAGUCCAAGAAGGAACUUCACUCACCAGGUCUUUGCACGUUGGUACCGGGCACCAGAAUUAUUAUUUGGUUCGAAGCACUAUGGAUCUGGGGUGGAUAUUUGGGCCGCUGGGUGUAUUUUUGCUGAACUGCUUACUCGCAGAGCCUUUCUCCAGGGUUCUAGUGACAUUGAUCAACUUGGGAAGAUUUUCGCAGCACUUGGGACCCCAAAAUCUUCUCAAUGGCCUGACAUGGUGUAUCUUCCUGAUUAUGUUGAAUACCAAUAUGUUGCUGCACCACCGCUACGUACAUUGCUUCCGAUGGCCAGCGAUGAUGCUUUGGAUCUUUUGUCAAGAAUGCUUACGUAUGAUCCGAAAGCAAGAAUCAGUGCUCAGCAGGCUCUAGAGCACAGGUACUUUUCAUCGUUACCUGCUCCAACAAGACCAUCACAGCUUCUAAGGUCACGGUGGAAAGGAGAUCAAGGGAAUAACAAGAUGCCCGAUCUGAACCUGCAGCAUGGCCCUCUGGUGCUCUCUCCGCCAAGAAAGUUACGUAGGGUGAUAGCGCAUGAAUGGAUGGAAGGUAUGCACAGAGCAGAUAAAGUGGACGAGCAUCCUUCUGGGAUGAGGCACACCGAUGACAUGCCCAGUCAGAAGAGUUCUAGAAUUCCAAUGUCAGUUGAUGUUGGAGCUUUGUUUGGCACACGACCUGCACCUAGGCCAACAUUGAACAGUGCGGACAAGUCUCGUUUAAAACGGAAACUUGAUAUGGAUCCAGAGUUUGGAUUUGCGGAGUAAAAGAAACUUUGUUAACGUGCACCAUUCUUUUCUUACUGAGAUGUUGGUUUCGAAAAUAUUCUUUGGGAGAUAUUUCCACAGUUCACUCAGAGAAGAGGAUUGCAUUGAAGCCACAAAACUGCACCGAAGGAUUCUGACACGAUCAACUGGGCUGUUACCGUCAUCGGCUCACGAAGAGGAAAACUAAGGAGAGGUCAUUCUGAUUUAUCCUGAGUCGCAUGGGGUAUUAUAGCUAACCGAUUCCGUAAAGAAGGCUCUUAGAAACAGCAUGCUCUAUGCCAUGCGAGUGGAGAGUGUUAUGUGGAAUUGGGGGCAUAGAAACGCUCGCUCCAGUUAGAAAUGUGUGUUUGUGCUAAAUGUGAUCUACUAGUCCUCCAUUCUCCGUGGUUUCAAUUUCCUUCAAUUCUUGUACGGACACUUAGCUUUGAGCAUUCUUCACUCAGCCACUCUACGUAUAGUGAUUUUUAUUGUAACUAAGAGCAGUGAUUUUAUUGUAACUAAGGGCAGUGAUUUUAUUGUAACUAAGAGCAAUUGUUGUGUUCUCGAACCAACAUUCAAAACUGAAUAACACGAUAUCAGCGCAAUGUGGACGAUA